GUCGGUCGCUGCCUCUCGAUGUCCGCGCGCGCGUACUGACAGAUCAAACGUGAACGCUUCGAAAACUACAUCUCAGCUUCAUUUGGCUCGUGCUUCUGCUUGAUGUCUGUUCUUGAAGGUGAAAAAAUCCCGACUCGGAUUGAUCGCAGCAGAAGUGGAUGCGCUCUGUAUUUUUUAUUUAUUUUUUAUUUUUUUGAAGCAUGGCCGAGAAGCGGCGGUCUCCGUGCACCAUGAGCCUGAAGGCGCACGCGUUUUCUGUGGAGGCGUUGAUCGGCGCGGAGAAACGGAGGAAACUCGACGAUGAGGAUAGCGAGAGCUGUUUUGGGGAAGUAAGCGAGGUCGCGAGCCUGGCUGGGAGCGCGUACGGCGGCGGGCGCAACUGUGACACAGACUGUGACGCUUCCCCGGAGUGUGAGGAUGUGGGCUCGGACAGUCCUCGGCCUGCCUCACGGAGCUCUCAACUGCACGCGUCACCGCCGCCGACGAGCGCGCGAGCCGCGGAGGAGAUGCGCGUGGAGCUGCAGGGCUCGGACCUGUGGAAACGCUUCCACGACAUCGGCACGGAAAUGAUCAUCACCAAAGCAGGCAGGCGAAUGUUCCCUGCAAUGCGAGUGAAAAUUACAGGACUGGACCCCCAUCAGCAAUACUACAUCGCAAUGGACAUCAUACCCGUGGACAAUAAACGUUACAGAUAUGUGUACCACAGUUCCAAGUGGAUGGUGGCAGGAAAUGCAGAUUCACCCGUCCCGCCACGUGUGUACAUCCACCCGGACUCUCCUGCUUCGGGAGAGACAUGGAUGCGACAGGUCAUUAGCUUCGACAAACUCAAACUGACCAAUAACGAGCUGGACGACCAGGGCCAUAUCAUCCUACACUCCAUGCACAAGUACCAGCCCCGUGUCCACGUCAUCCGUAAGGAGUGCGGCGACGAGCUCUCGCCCGUUAAGGCCGUGCCGACCGGUGACGGCGUGAAAGCCUUCUCCUUUCCUGAAACAGUGUUCACCACAGUCACGGCCUACCAGAACCAACAGAUUACAAGACUGAAAAUAGACAGAAAUCCAUUUGCGAAAGGAUUCAGAGACUCAGGGAGAAACAGGAUGGGUCUGGAAGCUCUGGUGGAGUCGUAUGCUUUCUGGAGGCCUUCGCUCAGAACACUGACGUUUGAGGAUAUACCAGGAAUGACCAAGCAAGGUGCAACAGGCUCUCAUGGAGUGGUUGGGUCUUCAGCACACACACACUUACUCUCUACAUCAUCAUGCUCUUCCCCAGCAUUUCACCUGGCCACAGGGGCGGGGUCUGUGUGUGACUACUCAGCCUGCAGUCGAAGCAGCCAUCCUCUUCACCGAUUCGCCACGCCCCUCUCGGCAGAGUCGUACAGCCGAUUGGCCAGCCCCGCGGCCGACGCCUUUUCCUCCACCAGAAACCCUGCUUAUGUGGGCGGCUCAGACGGAGAGGCGUUUUCCUGCACACAGACUGGUCUUCCAAUCCAAAUCCCUGGUAUGCCUGGUCACGCCCCCCAGCUCCAGUAUUUCAUGCCCAGCCCUGCUCACAAUGCAUUCUCCACCAAUCAGAGCACACCGAGCUCGUACAACGGCUUCCGUCUCCAUAGUCCAUACGGCCUUUAUGGAUACAACUUUUCCACCUCACCACGACUGGCUGCUAGUCCAGAAAAGAUGGCUGCCACACAGAGCUCGGUCCUGGGCUCAUCCCCGAGUGGUACUUUGACAGACAGGCAAGUUCUGUCUCCUGUGGAUGGUCUGCACAUGCUCAGUGGGAGUCAACAAUCUCUCUUUGACUCACGGACAUUAGGGCUGACAAGUUCCACCUCUCAAGUCACUGCCCACAUGGCUUGAUCUGUGAACUUCGACCUCCCCACCAUGACAUGGACACAGACAGGUGGCGAAAACAAUCUGGAGGUCUCUCAGUGCUCUCUUUAUUGGGCAUUUCUUUGAGAUUGUUGACAAAGGUAAGGAAUGACGUAACAUGCAGUACUGAGGAAAGUAUCUUAUGGACCGAGAAAGCCAAAGGACGAGAGUCUUUACUAUUUCUAGCAUUAUUGUUAUCUGGAGAUUACAGUGAGAGCUUCAAAUGAGUGAGUGUUCAAAAUCUCCUACUGGCUUCUGCAUCCAGUAAAAAGCUCAUGCACUGACAGCCAUGAGAAUGGACUUUAAAUGGUUCAAGUGUGGGCGUCUAUCCAUGAAACAAAAACAUUUCUGCUGUCAACUAGGACAGGGCUGAACACAGGCAGAAUAAGACUGGACACCACAUCUGCCUUAAAAAAAAGUACUUUUUAAGUUUGGAGAGCACUUCUGUCUCUCUUUACAACACACACACACACACAUACACUUUUCAGUCAUAACCUCCCAGAAGUAGAUGCCAAAAUUUGCCUUCUCCGUACUUUUAGUACAGCGAACAGUGCCUAUUUAUCCGAGCGAGUUUCCGAAAGAGACUCCUGGUAUGAGCUGACCCAGAAUCCGAAUUAGCUUCUUCCCAACUGAGCAGCUGGGAGCCUGCGAGACCAGAAAGAGGAGGUGACCAGCGUCACAGCAUAACCGGGCUUUUAGUUAGGAAACAAAUAAAACGAGCAGUCCCACUGGAACCGAGCUUUGAGCUUUGGCUGCCAGUGGAUUUGGUACUUUUUUGGUAUUAGCAGAGCUUGCAAGCAGGAAAUCAGCAGUAGUCUGUAUGGGGUUUAGAGUCGGAUGCCCAGAUUUAGCGACUCCACUGCUUAUGGCCUGAAUGACUUCCAGCUAGCAUCAUAGUUUAUGGGGCUUAAGCUGAAAUUGGAAAGGUAAAGCAACAGUGAGCAAAAAAAAAGAAAAACUUUGGCCCUUAUUUACUAAGCUGCAAUGUGGAAAUUUGAUCUGCACUUCUCUACUGAGACGAUUUGACGAUUUGGAAAUAUAGGCCACGGCAGUCUUCAACACACUUUCACUUACAAAUGCAUGCUCUGGCAACCUCCAUCAGGUUUCUUGGUUUAGCCUGGGUCAGCUUUUAAUACCAGUAAACUGGAGCUGAAAAGUUAAAGCUUCAGUCAUUCAAACACAGUUUAUUUUGUUCUCUAGCAGACAUACCCUAUUAGCUUUAAUAUGUCUGAUUUUUUAAAGCAAUUCUAUAUAAAUAAGGAAAAGAUUGAUAUUAAUGUAUUGGACAAUUUCACUCAUGCACUUAUGGCAAUCAUUUUUCUUUUUUUUUUUCUUUUUUUUUUUAUCUUUGAUGUUUAAGUGGCCAAAACUGACACUUUGGACAAUUUUUGGCCCGGGAAUUACAAACAGAUCUUAUUGAGCCAAAUAAAACAUAUGCAAACUGUACAAAAUAAUAAGACUAAGGGGUUUUUCGUUGUUAAUCAAUUUAUGUAGUGUGUGUGUGUGUGUGUGUUCAUAUCACAAGGUCAUGACAGACGUGUAAAUGAAAAAUUUUAAGGAUGUCGAUGAAAGAAAUCUCUCCAUAUAACGUGUUAAAGUUUUUUAUCAUAUAUUAAGUUAUUUUCAUUAUAAAUGAACUAAUUUGCCAUCAUCAGUGUGUCAGGAUCCUGAGCGCUGGUUAUUAUCUGUUUAGAGUUCUCACCUUGUCUACCAUUAGAUGGAUCAGCUAGACUAAAUUGCCCUUAGGUGUGAAUUAGUGUGUGAAUGUGAGUGUGUGUGUGUGUGUGUGUGUGUGUGCUUCAGCUGAACUUUUCAGGAUAUAUAACUCUGUGUAACUCUUCCAGGAUAUAUAACUCUAUAACUCUCACUUUUUGAAUCUGUUAAUCAGUCAAACCUUUUAUUUUCAGAGACUUGUCCUUAAACAUUUGUCUCGAAAUAACUCCAAAGAUAAAGCAGACACCACAAAUGUACACAUAUUUUCUACUGUCCACUCGAACCAUCAUCGAUCAUCACUAUCAUUCGAGUGUCUUAAACAUUAUAUGCUCCUCCUUCAGAGUCUAACAAAAACUCUAUCUAUAUCUCCGAGUGUUUGAGAGUUAUACGACAGUGCCUCACACCAAAACUAAAUCAAGUAGUAGACCGAUGGUAUUUCUGUUCUCUGACCUAAUGAACCAGUAUUGAUGUAUUUACUGAUAAACGCUUUUGUACUGCAAAAGACUGCAGUAAAUGUAGAUGUACUGUAGGUAAUAUAGCUGAGAUCGACAAGCCCUGGAAGUAUUCAAUAAUGCAAACGUUUAGAAUGGAUAUUUAUUUGUAACAAGAAUAUACCAAUGUUUUUUUUAAAAAUAUGUGAAAAGAAUUGAUAGAUUACACUGAAGCAAAGUAGACCAAAUAAAACAUAUUGACAUGGGAUGUGGUAGCUUAGUGGUUAGGGUGCUGGACUACUGAUCGGAAGGUUGUGGUCCACCAAGCUGCCACUGCUGGGCCCCUGAGCAAGGCCCUUAACCCUUAAUUGCUCAGCUGCAUAAAAAAUGAGGUAAAACAUGUUAGUCACUCUGGAUAAGGGCAUCAAUUUAAAUGUCUUGGGGUUAGCAGGUAUUGUUGAUUUUAAAUAAGGAAAACAUCCAGUGGUGUGUUCUUAUUGUAAAAUAAGCAACAACACCAUGGUGUGAUGUGACCCAAUGAUUGAGUACUUGAUUAUUUUCCUAUUGCAGCAAGUGAUUUAUUCCAUUUACCCCAGAGCAGUUUGCCAAGGAUUACAAUUCACAUCCAUUUUCAUCCAUUUAUUAUUUUUAAUACUGUGGACUCGAGUCAUAAGUAAUAAAUGUUGUUACUUAACUAGUCAUGUCAAGAAGCUUUUAUUGUCAUUUCAACCAUAUAUAUAGCUGACGCAGUACAAAGUGAAUUAAAACAACGUUUCUCCUGGACCCUGGUGCUACAUAAAACACAGAGCUAAGGACUAAAGUAAGUUGUCCUAGCCACAUGAAGUAUCAUUAAAAAAUAUCAUUUAAAACUCUCUAAAAGCUUUUCUGCUGCUGUUACAAAGCACGGACAUCUGAGACCCUUUUUGGAAAUGCCAAAUGAACAUCUUUUCAUAGAAAACUUUGGCAUGUAAAGGAAUCUUUCAACUGGUUUAUCUACAAUAACAUGGCUAAUUUUGUUUGCAAUUAAAUUGAUCUUGCAUUUAAAAGAAGGCAUUAAUUGUCCAAAUUGUUGUUAUAGAACAUUAAUCAACAUCUUCUGACCAAUCAUUUACAUUUCUGGCAUUUGACUUACAGUUGAUCUCAACUGAGGGAUAAGGGCCUUGCUCAGGGGCCCAGCAGUGUCAGCUUGGUGGACCUGGAUCUUACAACCUGUAGUCCAACACCUCAACCACUAAUCUGCCACAUCCCUGAAUCCGAACCGGUCAAUAGCACUGUGCUAUAAAAACCAAAAUAAUCCAACCAUAAUCAAGUUCAGCAUAUGGCAUGAGUCACACAUGGGUUCAUAAAAACCACCCUCGAACAUCUGCAGCUAGCAUGAAGGUAACAUGCUCUCCAUUUGACAAAGUUCAGAAAGAAUUUAAUCAUUAACAAAUUUAUAUUUUGUAUAUGUUUUUUUUUCAUCUACGUAGCCCUUCACCUUCCAAAAUUGCCACACUAAUAAACCUGUCAGCAGCGUGCCACUGAUUGGGUGAAAAAAUAAAACCAGUGUGAAAUUACACAAGUCAUCAUAAGGGUUUCAGUGUGUGUGUGUGUGUGUGUGUGUACAUGGCAUUACUGGAGCGAGUGUAAUAAUACAUUACACAGGAACUGAGACAUUGAGCUAUCGUGUCAGAUUAAAAUGUUAGUGAAAAAUGAUAAUAAUGUGAUAUCUAAGCACACAUGAGUCUUGUUUGUUGGUGUGAGGAAGUGUGUGGCUUCUGACAGGCAGCGAGGUGCUUCUUAUAAACUGAAGGUGAGUGGGGUUACAGCAUGAUGGGGGGGUAUUUUAUUUUAGGACAGAGGAAUGACUGGCUUGCUGAAUCUGAAUAACAGGUGAUAGCCUGACCACACACACACACACACACACACAUACAGAUAUUUCUUCAGUGCACCUGCUAGCCUUAAAGUGUUAAUGUACUCAAAUGUACUGAUAAUGUGCCAGACAUUAAGCAUAUACAUACAUACAGUACAUAUACCAUACACACACACCCCCCCCAUAUAAGUGUGUGUGUGUGUGUGUACAUUGGAAUACUGAAUGCAGAUUUCUG